GACGGGACUAGGGGAGGACAGAGAGGAGGAAAGGGUGACUUGGGGGGAGGGGAAAAGACAUUUGCAGAAAUAAUCUUCUAGCUGGCGGACCACAGAGGGAGCCGAGCCAGCAGUAUCAGUUUCCCCUAAACCCCCCUUCCCCUCUAACAAUGCAUCGGACCAUGCGGAUCAAGAUGACUGAGCUGAAUCCACAUCUUAUGUGUGCUCUGUGUGGAGGAUAUUUCAUCGAUGCAGCAACCAUUGUAGAAUGCCUGCACUCCUUUUGUAAGACCUGUAUCCUGCGCUACUUAGAAGCUCACAAAUUCUGCCCUAUGUGUGACUCUCAAGUACACAAAGGACGCCCUCUGCUUAGCAUAAGAUCUGAUAAAAUAUUACAAGACAUUGUAUACAAGCUUGUACCAGGACUCUUCCGAGAUGAGAUGAAACGACGACGGGAUUUCUAUGCCUCUUAUGCACGUACACCUGCAAGCAGUGGCUCCAGCAUUGUGCAGGGGGACAAAGUGGCAGUGAGUGGAGACAUGGUGGUAAAUGAAGAGGAGAAUAUCAGCCUUUCCAUCCAAUUCUCUGAAGAUGCCAGGCACGAUAUACGAGAUUCAGCUGAAAGUGACAAUGUAGAGAAGAGGAACAGUCUUCGCUUCUUGCGUUGUCCUGCAGCAAUGACCAUCACACACCUUGCUAAAUUCUUGCGGAACAAAAUGGAUGUUCCAAACAGAUACAAGGUGGAAAUUCUCUAUGAGGAAGAGCCUCUGAAGGAUUAUUACACCCUAAUGGAUAUUGCCUAUAUAUACCCCUGGGGCCGGACAGGACCACUGCCUCUCAAGUAUCGUGUGCAGCCGACCUGCAAAAGAUUACGAUUUAGCCGCCCAAGAAGCCUGCAGGAGCCCAACCGAGCAACAAACUCAGAAGGGGAUUCAGCCAGUGACAAGGCUAACAGCCCAGCACCAGUUCCCUCCACUUCCUCAUCUCUACCCAGCCCUUCAACUCCCUGCCAGGGUUCUCCAAGCUCCAACACUGAACUCCCUCCUGCCCCUUCCCUCCACAAUGGGCACUCAACCAGCAAGGGCCGAAAAGUUUCUCUCAAUGGAGCAUCGGGGCCGCCCUUCACUUGAAUGGUCUACCCAGCCAGAGCUUUUUAUACAUAUGUACAUAGAAAGAAGGACUUUUUUAUUUUCUAUGGAUAAUACAAGAGUAAUUUAAUCCCUGCUUACAUCCAAAAUCUUUUUGUAAUAUUUUGUAUUAUAAUUUAUAAGAGGGAAUGGAGAAAAUUCACUUUCUUGUUGGAAUGAUGCUCCUCCAAUACCCUAUGGCUAGCUUGGUUUAAAACUCCCAUCUGGUUACCACAUACAGUCAUGUGAAAAGGCAAGUACAUCCCAUGGAAAAUGUUGACUUUUUCAACAGGCAAGCAUUGGGUCUGCAUUCAGUGUCUAAAAAUAAAGGUGACGCAUACAAAUGA